CUGGAGCAGGUGGACGCCAACGGCAGCGCGUCCUCCAAGACGUGGCUCACCUGCCCAGACCCCCUUCUGGGCUCAGAGCGCUCUACCCUAGCCUGCCAGCCACACGACCUAGUGGUGACCUUGGGCCAGCCCUUGCCCCUCUCUAUCCUGUCAUCCACUCUCCUGCCGUGGGCUAGCAAAUUAGGCUCUUCUUGGGAAGCCAGCCUGAGAUCUUUGCCUCUCCCCAGGCUGACCUACUGACCAGCAGUUCUUGGAAAAGUCUGGAUUUGGCCUGGUCCUUCCUGGGGUACCCCUACCAUCGCCUCACCCCACCUCUCAGCCCAGCCUGGGAUCCCAUUGUGAGAAAGACUUCAGCUUCUGUCUCCCUUCUCCAGUUUCCCAAAGACUUGUGGAGGUGGGGUGAGAGCUAAUAAGACAGAGUCUUGGCUUCAGCUGAGCAUUCUUGGCAUAUUCCUUCCACCCAGAGCCUCAGCGUCCCCUUCAUCAGAGGAGUCUGAUGCUCUCCAGACUGAUCUGACAGGAAUUCAGAAAACUCCAGGGAGAGAGAAAGGAGAUAUGCCUGGGUGCUCCACACCCAGGGAGAGCCGGGUGGCCCAGUGGCUGCUAUCAGAACUGGCGUGGUACCGAGUGAGGAAGGGUGGAAGGUGGGGCAAGGCUGAAGUGCCCCUUGCUCUGAGCAGUCCUGUUUCUAGGGAGGAAACCUGGAGGUGCCAGGAAAACUGUCCUGUAAUUCUCCCUGAUUGUCUCCAGCAUCAACCUUCCUCCUCUCUGAAUUUCGGGACUCCUGAACACUUCCCCCACUACUGCCUUCCUCCUCGGACCCUCCCAGUUUCUGGGUCCCACACUCUUUUUCACUUUGCUCCAGCUGAAAUUCCGCUUGGAGCCUCAGAGCGCAUGUUGGGUGUCAGGGAGUAAGAUUUUUAAGACCACACACAGAGCCACAGACCAGCUGGUGCCCUCUUGGGGUAGCGGGCAGGGAUUCCCAACUGUAGGUUUGGGCUGCUAGCUUUGCUGAGGGUUCCUCCCUCGGGGUUGAGCGUGCCCCACUGGCAUGCGUCCCCAGGCAGGACUCACAGGCUGGGCUCCACAGCAGGCACACACACGUACAGGCCACCCACACCUGGAACACACCAGCCACCUCCCCUGCCAUGACGAUGACACAGCCCUGGACACACCUCUCCCUAGACCUUGUCCUUUGCUGGCCGUGGAGCAGAUUGGGCAACGGCCCCUGUGGGCCCAGUCCCUGGAACUGCCUGAGCCAGCUAUGCAGCCUUUGCCUGCUGGGACCUUCUUGGAGGAGGUGGUAGAGGAGACCCCAGCCCAGCCAGAGAGUGAGCCCAAGGUGCUGGACCCCGAGGAAGAUCUGCUGUGCAUAGCCAAGACUUUCUCCUACCUUCGGGAAUCCGGUUGGUAUUGGGGUUCCAUUACUGCCAGCGAGGCCCGGCAACACCUGCAGAAGAUGCCAGAGGGCACAUUCCUAGUACGGGACAGCACUCACCCCAGCUACCUGUUCACUCUGUCAGUCAAAACCACUCGCGGCCCCACCAAUGUGCGCAUUGAGUACGCCGACUCCAGCUUCCGUCUGGACUCCAACUGCCUGUCCAGGCCACGCAUCCUGGCCUUCCCAGAUGUGGUCAGCCUUGUGCAGCACUAUGUGGCCUCCUGUGCUGCUGACACCCGAAGUGACAGCACUGAGCCUGCACCCACCCCGGCCUUGCCUACCCCUAAGGAAGAUGCACCUGGUGACCCAACGCUGCCUGCCCCUGCGGCCACUGCUGUGCACCUAAAACUGGUGCAGCCCUUUGUGCGCAGAAGCAGUGCCCGCAGCCUGCAGCACCUGUGCCGCCUUGUCAUCAACCGUCUGGUGGCCGACGUGGACUGCCUGCCACUGCCCCGGCGCAUGGCUGACUACCUCCGACAGUACCCUUUCCAGCUCUGACUCAGCCAAGCAUCCGCCUAGCCUUACCCAGCCAUCCCCUAGAGACACUGGGCCCAGCUGGACUUGGGCUCCCACUGUCCCUCCUCCCGUCAUCCUGGUGCCUGCAUGGAUCUGGCAGGAAGAGCCAGCAGGAGCAAGGCUGGAGGUGAGGGGUAGGGGGAAGUGUCACACAACUUGGAGGUUGUGCCCCCAGCUCCCAUGUGGCUCCAUUUUGGUGAGCCAUGUGUCAGAAGAGAGGGAGACAGGCAGGACCUCGUCUUACCCUGUGGGCUGGGCACAGGUUUGCUGUGGCCUCCUGAACUAUGUGGACUUUCCUAACCCUGGUUUCUUAGUCCAUAGGGUGGGGCGGGCCCCCUCCUUCCAGCCAGCCCAUCUCAGGGAGGUUGGCAGCCAGAGGAACUGAGGUUGACAGUGACAGUCCCCUGGAGCAGGGGAGCAAGCCGGGCUGGGGACUGCACAGUUAUAUAGUAUUUAUUUAUUUAUUCUUGGGUUGGUCUCAGGGUAAGCCAACCCCACCUCUCAGCCCUGAGCCCUGAGUGCUCUGGAGACUCCAGCUCUGCCCCAGCUUCUCUGGUUCCUCCCUACGGAGAGCCCCAUCCUGAGACAUGUUGCUGGACCCAAGGCAGUCCUGGAAGUCCUGGCACUGACCCACCUGCCUGUCAAUGUGUCCACCUUCUUCUGCCCGCAGCCCUGUUUUAGGAGGGUGAGUGAAUGGACAAGAAAUUGGAACCAAAGUGUCAGUUUCCAGCAGAGCCUGCCUUCCACCCUCUUGCAGGGCAGAGCUCCAUCUGCGCAGAGCUGGUCUUGCUGGGGUACAGGCCCCACGUGAGCGCAUGUGCUGUGUCAGGAAAGCGGGUGCUGGUUGAAGGGCUGCCGCUCGCGCUCUGCUGGGGCUGCUUCCUGCCCGGGAAGGUGCCUGCACGUGAGAAAGGGGAAGAAAUACAUACCUGAUAAGAUUUUAUAAAAUAAUUAUUACAACAAAAAAAAGUUUGGUAGUCUUUUUCUUCCACUGAUUUUUCUGUAAUCACAAUAAAACCGUACCUUUCAUUUAAGGAACACCCA